AUGCCCGAAGCCCUCGCGACAACGAAACGCAAGUUUCACAAACUCCUCGACAGCCGCUUCGGAACUCCCUCUGCGCCCGCAGCAGCCACCCCUCCCAGACCAAUCUCGCAAGGCACAAUCGGCAGCGAACCAGCCACCAAGCGCAUCCGCUCCAGCGACUCCACAGCCUCACUAGCUACCUCUCUGCGCACCAAGACAGUAACGACAAAAUCAUCGAUCAAUCCGGUCAGAGGCGAAAGCAAUUUUGCGCCAUGGUCGCACGACGCGUUUGUCAAGCGCUUGCGCAGUUUUGGGCCUGUGACCAUGUGGCAUCCUAAACCUGAUGCUGUUGGUGAAGUUGAGUGGGCGAAGAGGGGGUGGUGGUGCGUGGAUACCAAUACGGUGGGCUGUAAGGGAGGGUGUGGGCAGAGGCUUUUGGUCAAGGUUGAGCCGAUCGUCAAGAGAAGGCGCGUCCAAGAAGAGGAGGGUGAAGAUGAAGAGGAUAGGGAUGAGGAGGAGAAUCAGCAAGAGUUGGAACAGGCCCUGGUGGAUAAGUAUCGGGAGCUUAUCGUGGAGGCUCACUCGGAGGAUUGUCUAUGGAGAAAAGCAGGGUGUAAGGACGACAUAUAUCGGUUGCCUAUUGUCAAGACGACGGUCUGGCAACCUGAGCUACGCGCACGCUACCAGUCUCUGCUGUCAAUAGCGCCCUCACUCGCCAACUUGACUCUCCAACCCGCCGACCUCACACCAUCUCCAACCAAGAUCCUCGCAAACCUGCCUUCAGCCUUGCUCAACACCGCAGAAGAAGAAAAUACAGACCAAGACACCGAAAUGUCAGAAGAAACCAAGCAAAAAGCACUUCAAAUCGCCAUCAGCGGCUGGCGAGGCUCCACAGAAUCCAGCACCCAGCUCCUAUCCUGCUCAGCCUGCUUCCAACGCAUCGGCCUCUGGAUGUAUCAACCCGACUACAAACCCCACCGCUUCAGCACCGACGAUGAUGACGAAGACUCGCCUCAAGAUCGAUCUUUGCAUCUGAUACAACUACACCGCGAGCACUGUCCCUGGCGCAAUUCCACCACCCAAGCAGCAACGGGAAAUUAUGCUGGAAAGUGUGCUUAUGAGAUUUUGCUGGAUGUGUUGGACAGGUAUAUCGAUGAGCAGAGACGAAGAUCGAGGGGAACUAUUCAAGGGACUGUUGCAGGUGAGGUGGAGAGUGAUGCAGGUGUCACGGAAGACGGUAGGGAAAGUCUGGCGCUGGAGACACUGCCUUCAAUGCCAGAGCUUAGCAGGACAGAGACGGAAAAGUUGGAUAGGGAGAGGCUGUCGAAGUUGAGACGGCUGAAGACUGUGUUGGGGUUCAAGAGAAGGGCGCCUCCCGCUGUUUGA